AUGAGUGCCUUUCGCCGGGACUCCAGUCCAACUUUGGACCGGUCGAAAGCGCCGCCGACGAUGUUCCGGAACGGGGAGCAGUUCAAUAAGAUCCAUCAUAUGCCGCUGAUGGGCCAGGCGUUCGUUGAAGUUUCGCACGUAGAGACGCCUUCCUGUUUCUGGACCCGACCCUACAAUCAUAUCACAAACCAGCUGAUUUUAGAAGAACCAUCAAGUGCCAAACUGCGCCCGCUCCAAUAUGGAUCCUUGGCGGAGCUGAAGAACCGUUACUGUAUGGGCCCGUUGGAAUCACGCACGCGCCAAGAUGAUGGUGGAAAUGAGGUGCCGCAACGUCGAUACGGAAGAGCUCGCAUUAUUAGGCUAGACGAUCAUUUGAGACGGGCGCUAAUCAUCUAUAUUGAUCAAGGCGUUAUGGAAUGGGUCCCCCCGGAGUGCCUUGCCAUCAUGCCGCCCGAGUUCUACUAUCACCCUUGGCAGGUGAUAUAUUGUAGCCUGGGCGGCGUUUAUCCGGUCAAUGAUAUGUUUGCCGCUGAUCGAUACUGGACGAUGGAACAAGUCGAAUGUUUCCGGGAGAUUGUGCGCGAAUUUUCCUACUUCAGAGUUUCCUUGAUUCGAAGCACGAAGGCACACCACGACUAUGCGGUUCCAUACAUAGUUGAACUGGCCGGAUUCAACGAACUCAAAGAAGCGGACAGCGAUGUUGAUAUGGCAACCCUGUUCGCUACCCGAUGUGUGGAAACUGUUGAACAAAAUGCACUUUUUAACAGUUAUAUGGCUGAAGAGAUUUCGCCGCCAAGGGAUCAGAACAUGCCCUAUCGUGUCGCAUCAUUUCCGGAAAACUGGGAAACUGAGUUGGUCGAUGAGGGUGGCAUGGAGAUGGCCAGCGAUGAUCAGUACAAGAAGUGGGAGUACGACCCAGCCAUCAAGGAGUUCCAGAUCCCGCACAUUGAUCUAGCAUAUUUGAAGAAAAACGGUUAUUUUAAUGCGGAUGGUACGGUCAAUUGCCAAGUGAUGGGUUGCUAUGUCCAAGGGCCGUACGAAUUCUAUGGUAUCCCUCUGCGUCGGCGGGAGGUUGUUGUCGGCGAGGCGGAUGAUGAACCAGGCAACACGAUCUCGAUGCGAGAGGCUACUAUCAUCAAUCUUACCGAACGCAAGAACCUUGCUGAACUUUUGGACGCCUUCUACAAAGUCAAGUCUAACCGGAUCCAGAUCGUGCCAAAUACUUUGGAUGUUUGGCUCCGUUCCGGUAAACCGGUCUAUGCUAUCGUCUCUUGCUCUGGCAUGGAGCGCCGGAAAAAGCAUGGCACAUAUCAACGGGCCGAGAUCAUCUCGAAGGAUAGUCAUGACACCUACCGGGUUCGUUUUCUUGAUGCCGGCGGCAUUCUGCCCCAAGUUCAUCACACCGAGGUCUUCCAAAUUUCUGCAAAGCACUGCUCGAUCUACGCUAUGUCGAUGCAGCUUUGCUGGCAUGGAGUUCGGGAUCAUGAUCCCAAAAAGAAGGACUUUUCGCCGGACUGCAUCAAGGCUUUCAAGAAUGAAUUCUACACUGACGGGCCUAUCAAGUUGCGUCUUAUAGACACACCGAGGCGAGAAAAAGACAUCAACAACACCAACAUCCUGCCGUAUGCCAUGUGGAAUGUGAUGUAUUGCUCACAUAUUUUCCUUGAUCCGUCGCUGACGAAGGAGGUCGAUCUCCGCAAAGUCCUCCAAUACAACAACCGGCCGAUGCCUGGCAGGCUGGCGACAAGCCCCACCGCCCCGUUGCCUCUCGAGCUCUCGCAAGCU